AUGAAAAACAUAUUCUGCUAUUUAUAUGAUUCGGAUGAAUUUAUAGCACGCAAUUCAACAUUCUUGCAGCCGAACACAAUGUGUUCAAACUUACGGGUCCGAUCUUUUAAUGAAAUGAUAAAGAAUGUUCAUUUCAAAUAUAAUGUGACAGUGUUCGUGCAGAAUCCUCUCUCACGCUUUCUGAACGCUUAUCUAGCCAAUUGUAUCAAAAAAACAGACUCUUCUGAGAAUGCUUGCUUCGGUUGUAAUCCGGGAGAGCUUGAGUGCGUGGUAAACCAACUCAAAAGUUCAGUCAAUGAAACUGAGCGUCAUGCUGAUACUCAAACUUUAAUGUAUUGUAAUAUGCCGAACAUCUACAAGCAAGCCUACUUCGUUAAGUUCCCAAUUGAUCAUAGAGAGAGGUCGUCAUACUUAGGUGACGUAGCAGAUAUUCUUUUAAAUUCGGAAGUGCCGCAGGAGAAAGUUGACUUCAUCAAGAAAACUCUGAGAGAGAACUUCAACGAUGAGAUGUCUACCGAAGAAAACGGUUUAAGGAGAGAAGUGAUAGACAAUUUCAAAAACAACACAAUGUUGUUAAGAAGCUUGAUGGAGAUUUAUAGAGAAGACUUUGAAAUAUUCGAUAUUUCGAAUCCUAACUUAGAAGUGGAAGACAUAUUUUGA